AUGGAGGUAGGAGACCAUAGAGAAAUCGGUGAACAACACGAGGGGGCUGAACGUAGGGUGGACAACAAUGGAAGCAAUGACAACAAGGACCAGUAUUACAUCGAAGUUUUCGCACCAGCAGCAAAACUCAUAGGAGAAAGUGCGAAACCGAAGCAGAACGAUGGUGUGAGGGGGAACAAUGACAGGAAACAGGAAACUCUUACAAGCAUCAUAACUUCGAGACGUUUGUCAGAUGUUUCAUCGAUACGAAGCUUACACACGAAGCUGCAAGUUGAAACAGACUUGUGGAAAUUCUUUUCAGAUCUCAGCAAAGCGAAGGAGCUGUCCUCCGUUCAACUGGACGACUGGGUAGAAACCAACUUGACAAGCCUCAAACAGCGCAUCAACGAUCAUACAACAUUUGGAAUCCCGAUCGGUCCCAUGGGUGACUCCGUUGUCCACAUCGCUUUCCUCCUCGCAUACACCAGCGAAGACAAUGUACGAUCUAUGCUGAGACUCGCAACAAAGCUUCUGGAAGCCAAUUGGUUCUCGGAAAAGCAGGUGCUGCUUGGCUAUGAAAGCGAGUUCCAACGUUGGCAGAAAGACGGCAAGUUUGCAGCCACUCGCGGCUUGUACACAGGUGAGACCAUCCUCCACAUAUGCAUCGCCAACGAGGAUAAGGAGACUGUGGAAUGGCUGCUUGAAAGAUACGCUACUGCACCGCCAAAACGAACGUCGAAGCCAUCAAACGAAGUCGCUCAGAGCGAGGGCAAAGAAGCGAAGGGCGAGGACGGAGAAGCGAAGGGCCAGGGUGAAGAAGCGAAGGGCCAGGUGAAGAGCAGCAGGACACAAGCUUGCUUUGGCGGUGUAUGUGGGAUGGUAAAGUGGAUCUUGUAUCCGAAACCCAGCAGCGACCACAACAAGUCCAAAGUCACAGAGAGUGAUCUCAUCCUACACCGGAGGGCGAUCGGAGACUUCUUCCUCCCUUCGCUCAUCAAGACCGAUGUCGAUGUCUCCCGGCUCGGCUUGCUCAGAGCAUAUCUGACCGACGAGCCCAUUGGCACCGACCGGAAGCCUGUAGCCCUAUCGAAGCUCGAAGACAACAAGGACUCCUCCACCGGGUCUCACAAGUACUGGGGACAGUAUCCGCUGUCGUUUGCUGCCAGCACAGGCAACGAGGAUGUGUGCAAGGCCAUCCUUGACUUUGUCUACAGUCAGCUGGUCAGUCAUAAGGAAAGCAAGUGUGAUUGCUUGCAAACUCUUGACGGCUGGCAAGGGAUUUGUCUGAUGCUAAAGCACGUGCUUGCUCCUGAAUGGCUCAACGAAGCUCAGAUAAACGCACAAGACUUGAAGAGCAUCUUGCAUGCCGCGGACGAGUUCGGCAACACGGCUCUGCACAUAGCUACACUGCACGGACAUCACGAGGUCAUAUCGUGCUUGAUCGAGGCGGAAAAGCGUAUCGAUAACAUCCUGCGGGACAUGACUGGAGGCGACGGGAGCAAGACCUCUCGAAGCAGCAUGGGCGAGGCAGAGGAAGAGGCAGAGGAAGAGGCAGGGGAAGAGGCAGAGGAAGAGGCAGAGGAAGAGGCAGAGACGCUGCUGACCAUGCUGAACAAGGACGGCUACACCCCGCUUACGCUCGCAGCCCGGCAUGGGGACGUGGACACGUUCUACUUCAUCCUGGAGCGAUACAUGAAAACGAUUCUGUGGGCAUUCGGGUCGAAGCAGCGGACCCAGGUGAGUCUGGACCAGAUCGACUCGUUCAGAAGGGAGAAGAAGGAGGUGAAGAACGAAAAGGAGAAGGAGGAGGAGCAGGAGCAGAAGGAGCAAACGACAAGCAAGGCAGCCCUGUCUCUACGCUGGUGGUGGCCGGCUGCGGCCGAGAAGACGCGCAUGCACUCGCACCCCAAGUGGAGGAGCGCUCUGGAAGUGAUAGUAGAGCAUGAGGUGGAGGAGUUUGUCAACGAUCCCUUCAUCAACCGGCUCAUCGAGACCAAGUGGAAGCGCUUCGGUCGUCGCAUCUACUUGAUCGACACGGCCCUGCCUUUCUCCUUGUUCCUGGUCGCCUUCGUCGCGCUCCUCGUCCUCAAGGUGAAGCAGUGGGAUCAGAAGCAGCAGGGACCUGAGCUACACUCGCUCCACUCGUGGACUCUUGCGCUGAACGUCUUGGUGAAGGCAUUGGGGGUAUGGCUCUUAUUUUUCGGCUGGACCCAUCGACACCUCAAGCAGACCGACAGGAACCCCUCGGAGAGGUACAAGAGGAUGGAUUUCAAGAAGCUGCUGCAGAAGAAUAUCUCCUCCAUCCUCUCCAUCCUCACUGCCGUCUUGGUCUUCUGCAUCCCAAUACACGCUCCUACGGACACGGCUGCCGACGUGCUGCUGCUGGCGAUGUCGACGGUGCUGGUAUUCUCGCUGCUGCUCCACCUGCUGCUGCCGAUCAAGCGGGUGGGAACGAUCAUGAUCAUGAUCUACGACAUUCUCCUACAGGACGUGAGCCUCUACUGCGUCAUCUACGGGGUCACGCUGACCGGGUUCAGCCUCGCCUUGUACACCAUGCUGCAGACCGCAGACGUGCAGAAGCUGUACGAGGACAACAACAGCACGAGGUUCUUCAACUACCUCACGACCCCGGGGGCCAGCUUCCUCCAGCUGACCUGGAACUCUCUCGGAGACGACUACGUCUUCUCCACCCAGCUGCUCCUCGCAUCUGUCAACCCGACGCUCUCCUUCAUGCUGCUCAUCUCAUGGUCGAUCCUCUCGGAGCUGCUCCUCCUCAACCUGAUCAUCGCCAUGAUGAACCGCAGCUACGAGAUCGACUCGCACGACGUCCACAGGAUCUGGUUCUUCCCGUUCGCGGACCUGGUGCUUCGGCAUGAGCGGCGGAUGUUCAUCAAGAGCUGGAGGCUGUCGCGGUUCUUCAUGGGCGAUGUGUCCUUGUGCAGGACGGGGAGCUCCUUCAAGACGUCCAACAAGUUCCUGGAGCCGGAGGAGCGGCUGUCGGCCACGUACUACGACAUCAGGACAGAGGACGUGAAGGGGGAGAGGAAGGGCUGGGAGGAGGCGAUGAGGACGAAGCGGCAGAUCAUUCAGAAGCUCAAAAACCUGGGUUUAUAA